AUGCUCACCGGAAAACAGGAGACGGAUGGCCUUGCAUUUUUGGAUGCAUACACGUCUGGUGUCGAUCGACAGAAUUCAUAUCCUCUCAGAGAUGUUAUAGCUACGCCUCGUGGACAAAGCGAGGCACGGGAGGUAAGUUAUCAGGAAGCUCUGGACGAGGUUCAGAGGGGAAUACUGAAGGACGAAAGGAGUGGUAAAUUACCUAUCCUUCUGGAGCACACCCACAUGCUCAUGUCGUCUGCCACACUGAAUGCGCACAUCCCAACCCCUCGUGUGACCAGACCCACGCCUAUAAUCGUCGACAAAUGUUUAGAUCUCGACGGUCAUGAGGACUGUCACCGUUCCCGCUCAUCGCCCUCGUACCUUCUCACACACCCGAACCCGACACUGCUUUCAGACCGCUUCUUCUUCGGUUUUACACCCAUCAUCACCAUCCGUCAUCCAGCGCUCAUGGUGCCCUCUCUGAUCCGGGGCCGUCAAAAACUACAAGGAAUUCCCAAACUGGACUCGGAAUUUGCCCCUAUUGCCACGUACCGUUGGGAGAAGUUGGUCUUUGACUCUUAUCGUUCCUACUAUGCUGCGACGACGGACUCUUUGUCGAGGAAACGAGUGCCUAUCGUGAUUGAUGGAAGCAAGUUGGCCCAGGAUCCAUAUGGGACGAUGGAGAGGAUGUGUGAGGUCCUUGGGAUGAGUGAGGAGGAGAUGGGUGUGAGGUAUAUGUGGGAGCCUAAUAUGGGACCCGCCAGGGAUAAGUUUUGGGAGGUCUUUACGGGCGAGUUGAGGAGGUCCUCUGGGGUUAAACCCAGUGGGCACCUUCCUGAAACACUCGAUUUAGAGAAGGAAAAGUCCAAGUGGGUGAACGAGUGGGGCCCCGACGUGGCUGACAAGAUAGAAGCGGCGGUCAACGACGCGAUGGAGGAUUAUGAGUACCUGUCGAGGUAUAGCCUUUGA